AUGUCUCAGACUGCCAAGUCCGCCUCCAGCCAGGGCACCGAUGCCAAGGACAAGGGAGCCCCAGCCCCAGCUGCCUCCAGCAAGGCCACCAAGACCGGCGAGCCUGGCAUGGGAUCCUACAGAAUCAUGCUGUUCGACCAGGAGAACUUCCAGGGCAGGAUGAUCGAGGUCCAGAAUGAGUGUAUGAACGUGUGUGACCGUGGCAUGGAUAGAGUGCGUAGUAUCAUUGUGGAGUGCGGCCCCUUUGUUGCCUUUGAGCAGACUAACUUCCGUGGGGAGAUGUUCAUCCUGGAGAAGGGAGAGUAUCCUCGCUGGGAUACCUGGAGCAACUCCUACCGCAGCGACUGCCUCAUGUCCCUCAGGCCCAUCCGCAUGGACAGCAUGGAGCACAAGAUCUGCCUGUAUGAGCUCUCUGACUUCAAGGGCAACAAGAUGGAGAUCCAGGAGGAUGAUGUGCCCACCCUCUGGGCGCAUGGCUUCUGCGACAGAGUGGGCAGCGUGAGGGUGCCAGGAGGAGCGUGGGUGGGUUACCAGUACCCUGGAUACAGAGGCUACCAGUACCUGUUUGAGUGCGGUGACUACAGACACUACAACGACUUCUGCGCCUUCCAGCCCCAGAUCCAGUCCAUGCGUCGUAUCAGGGACAUGCAGUUCCACCAGAGAGGAUGCUUCACCUUCACCUCCGCCAGCAAGUGA